AUGUUUGCGCUUCGUUUCUUAGUUGCGUCGACCCUUUUGCUGGUUGCCACAAUUUCCUCUAGAAUUGUGUUAGCCCAAUACACUGUAUUCGGCGGGUUAGGUGGAUUAGGUGGUUAUCCGUACGGUUACGGUGGUACAUAUGGAGGUGCAUAUGGUGGCGGCGGUUACGGUGGUCUGUAUGGAAAUAGUUUUGGUGGUGGUGGCUAUGGUGGUGUGCCCAGCUACAGCUACUAUCCACAAUACCCCAGUUAUGGCAGCUCAUAUCCGUGCUACAGUGGUGGCUAUUCUUGUGGUGGUGGUUAUCCUUAUUAUGGAGGUUAUCCUUAUUACGGCAACGGUUUAAUGCUAAAUAUUUCUAGGGAAAAUAUAGAACGUAUUGCUUCAAAUGAAGUGUCUGAUGUGUUUAAUAAAUCUGAAGAGCAGAAAAAUUACCAUCCUGAAGAUUGUUCGCAGCGUGAAAAAUUAAAAAACCAACCAUCUAAACAAUCAAAUUCCCGUUUGAAAAAGUGUUGUCCUAUAGGAGAAAGUUUAAGCAUUUAUGGUGAAAAUCAGAACAAUAAUAUGUGUGAUUCGUCACGGCUGGAAUUUAAACCAAAUAUUAUUAAUGUAGUGCUAUAUGAUAAUUGUAUUGAAGACAAUGAAAUAGAAAUAUCCUUGCUAUAUGAAAUUGGAAAUCCAUGUAAUACAUCAAUUGUCUAUAAUAACCUGGAUGACAUAUUUUAUGUUUUACAAGAUGGUUCAUUACUUAUUAUGGAUGAAUACGCAAACACUUCAUACACAGUUGAGGAAAAAUAUUGUUUAGACGUAGACAACAGAUCAGGAACUACAUAUGCUUUUAUUUGUAUUACUCAAGUAGAGGAGCAUUUAAAGAGAGGACAAAUAAUUACUGUAGCAAUCUUAAUGCUAAUAUCAAUUCCAUGUCUUUUAUUUCUGGCUUACUUACAUUUGAGCAUUAAAGAAUUAAGGAGUCUGCAUGGGCUUUCGUUAAGUUCAAUGUCGUUAUGUUUAGCGAUUGGAUAUUUUCUUCAUUCGUUGGCUCAUAUAUAUAGCAUUAAAUCAUUAAAUUUGGGAUAUAUUGUGCAAUUCUUUGUACUUUCAUACUUCUUUUGGUUCUUCUGUCUUUGUUGCAAUGUUCUUAUUAAUAUUUGGAUCAAAAUUCCAAUGAAUAAAGGGAAUAGUAAAACAUUUGUAUACAGCAAUUUUAUUGUGUUUAUAUUAAUAUGUUUUACUGGACCCCUUGUUUUGGUAAUAUUAACAGCACAGAAAGGAUUACCAGGAAUGCCUUCAUACUUUCUUCAAGGUUUAACAGAAUCCAUACGUGAAUCACAGAGAUAUUUCAUUCCGCCAGUAUCAACUUUAUUAUUUUUGAGCUUUUUAGUAUUGGUUAUAUCAUUUUUUGGUUUUCAAAGGAUAAAAAAACGGGAGACAACUGUAAGAGAAAAAAAAUUUUAUUUUACCAUUAACACUGAAAUUGAUGAAGAAAAAUAUGAAGAAGUGAAGAAAGAGUAA